CUCGGGCGCUCGAAGAGUUCACACACUCUUACCUUCCUCCAUCAUGGAUCCUUCAAGAUUGAGACGGAAGUUCGAGCGCUUCCGAAUCCUCAUUAUAGGAAGAGCGAAUGCAGGGAAGACCACCAUUCUCCAGAGGGUUUGCCAGACAAAAGACAACCCAGAAAUAUAUGACAGUGCCGGGAAACAGGUACGCAGCCUGAGUACUAUGAUCCCAGAUAGUGAUGAAUCUUAAUUGAUUGGACGAGAUCAGAUCGAUGCCUCCGUUUUGGCGGCAUCCAGAGAGGUAAGGCGCGCUCGUAGUGGUUAGCAACGUCCUGUGAUGAGUCCUCAGCGUGGAUUGCACAAUAUCGAA